UCCGGGCAGCAGCAUGGAACAGCCCGGCGCAGGCGCACAGAGGUCAGUGCGGCGUGGUCCAUCUCUGUCUGCGGGGGAGCACGAGUACAUCCAGCAGAGGAAGGAGGUGUCUGCUCAGGCCCUUCAUGAUCUGGGACUGAACUGCACCACGGACGAGGUGCCGCACGUUGCCUUACUCGCCUCUGGAGGGGGGCAGAGGGCCGCGGUCGGUCUGAUCGGCUCCCUCACUCAGAUGUCCCGGGAUGGGCUGCUGGACCCGGUGCUGUACCUGUCAGGAGUGUCUGGCUCCACAUGGUCCAUGGCGUCUCUGUACGAGGACCCUCAGUGGAGCAGGUCUCUAGACUCUUACAGGUCCUCCCUGCUCACACCUCACUCUGUGGAUUCGGAGAAGAUCCUGUCCUGGCUCCAAGACAAAGCCGAGACCCCAGAGUUCUCCCUGAGCGACACGUGGGGAGCCCUGACCUCUGCAGCCAUCAUGAAGACGUGGGACAACAGGACUCUCUCCGAGGAGGCUGCGAGGAACGCCUCCAACCCCUACCCCGUGUACGGAGCCGUCGAGCAGUUCUGCUUCAACGAGGGACCUACACAAGGAAAGUGGUUUGAGCUGACGCCGCAUGAGGCCGGCUUCUCGGAGCUGGAGCUGUUUGUGGAGACCUCGGCUCUGGGCUCCAAGUUCCAGGGAGGAGCUCUGCUGGAGGACACGCCCGAGAUGGACAUGAUCCAGGUCCAGGGAAUACUGGGCUCUGCUCUGGCCAAUGAGAAGAUGGAGGAUCACAUCCCGGACUGGCUCAACUUUCCGGAGUACCUGGACACAGCGGCUCAUCAGUACCUGCGCCGUUAUAACAUCAUCAUGACUUUUAUACGUCGGUUCAAAUCUCAUGUGAACAAUGAGGAAGUGCUCCAACACGUCGACAACCUCCAGAGCGCGCUACAAGACAAAGUGAACCGUGACGAGUCGGAGCAGCUGCGGUCCCUGCAGCAGAGGGGGCCGCAGUUCCUUAAGUGGACCUAUGAGCUGGGGACGACGGUCCAGACCUGGGCCUACGGUCUGCCAGAGGGACCCGUCAAGGCUCAGGGGAGUUCGCUGGUGGACAAGAUCAUCCCCCUGGUCCUGCGCUGGGAAUGGGGAACGGUCAAAAACUUCCUCUACAAGUAUGACGAGGUUCCUGUCCCGUCCUGCCUGGCGUCUGCGGAGCUGCUGCACCUGAUGGACGGGGGGCUGCUGGUGAACACGGCGUACCCCUCGUUCCUGGGGCCGAGGCGGGACAUCGACCUGAUCAUCGCCCCCGAGUACAGCGCCGGGGAAAUGUUUGAGACGUUGACUCUGGCUCGGGCGUACGCGGCGGAGGUGGGCAAGCCUUUCCCACAGCUGGAUGACACGGUCCUGGAGGAGGAGAAGCUCUGGCCCAAAGACUGCUACGUGUUUGAGGGCAACGACACGGCUCCCACCAUUGUCUUCAUGCCCCUCUUCAACAGACGCAACUGCAAAGACGCAGACGAGUGGGCCCAGAGGAUGGAGGAGUUCUCCACGUUUCAGAGGAGCUACAGCCCUGAGAUGAUCGAUCGUCUGCUGAAGAUCGCCCAGGAGAACAUGAAGAACAACAAGGAGACUGUGCUCAGAGAGAUCACCAAGGCUCUGGAGCGCAGGAGGAACAAGACUCACAGUGCACAGGUCCAACCAGACCAACCAGACCAACCGGACCAACCGUCCCACCAGGUCUGAACAUAACGACCAUGGAGGUGAUGUUCUAGGAGAAUCUGUGUGUCAUUCAUUAAUUCGUUUUUCAAUAUAAAACCAAAAAUAAGAAAAUGAAAAAACAAAACAAAACUGUUUUCAAAACCGGAUAACAUUUUUUCCAUUAUUUCCCGUUUACGUGACUUAAACUGCGAUGUUGGACUUUUGCACCACAUACGGACUGAACCAGGACUAAACUGUUUUCAGUCCUGGUCUGGUCCCAGUCUCAGUCCUGGUCUCAAUCAUGGUCUGGUCCCGGUCUGGUCCCGGCCUCAGUCCUGGUUGCGGUCCCGGUCUCGGUCCCAGUCCGGUCCCGGUCUCGGCCCCAGUCUGGUCCCGGUCUCAGUCCCAUUCUAGUCCUGGCCUCAGUCCUGGUCUCGGUUCCGAUCUCAGUCCCGGUCCUGGUCCCGGUCCUGGACUUAGUUCUGGUCUCGGUCCUGGUCUGGUCAGUCCCAGUCUCAGUCUCGGUCUGGUCUCGGCCUCAAUCCUGGUCUCAGUCACGGGCUUAGUCCUGGUUCUGGCCCUGGUCUCAGUCCCGGUCUGGUUCCUGUCUGGCCCCAGACCUGGUUUAGUCCUGGUUCAGUCCAUACGCGGUAUAAAAAAACCCCACAAAAUUUAAAUUUUUCAUUAUUUUUUCAUUUUGGUUUUGGAGACAAAUAAUGAAGAAAAUUAUUAUUAUUCUUUUUUUUUUCAUUUUCUUAUUUCUGGUUUUAUUUUGAAAAACAAAUAAAACAAAUGAGACACAGAUUUAGGAGUUUGUGGAGUCUUAAAGUUCCUUCAGACAGAAUGUGAUCAAGACCAUCGCAGUUUUUAAACCCACUAACAAAACCUGAUUGUUUAAUGAUGCAAACUUUUAACUUUUAUCUGUGAUUUUCAAUUAUUUUGGGUCACAUUGUUUUUGUUUGUGCCAUUUUUAAAGUCCCCAUGGCAGGUUAGACUUCUCCAAAACACAAUUAAGAUCAUUAUAUUUCAGAUUUUACUCAAAAAGUUUACAUUUUUUACCCCAGUUUGCCCAUUUUUUAGACUUCCUGGGUGGAAAAUUAUAACAUCACGCUCGAUAAUUCCAUAACUGUUACAUCAUUUAAUGUUUUGUGCUUUGAAUUACGUCCACUUCAAAAUUCUUGGACUACUUCUUUUGUACUUUUACUUGUGUCAUGUUUUUUUAAGUACUACUCGUACUUUUACAUGUGAAAUGUGUUUUAUAUGAAUAAAAUUUCAUUC